UUCAACAUGUGCAAUCUGGUAGCGGUCUUCUUCCUCGCAGCCCUGUCCGUCGCAUCGGCGGCUCCAUCCGCUUUGCUGGCACACGGAGCUGCCCUUGCUGGCCCUCUUAUAGGACCUGCUGCCCUCAGCGGACCCAUCGCCGGACCUGCAGCCCUUGCUGGACCCGCCGUUGGCCCCGCUCGCAUCUCCGGAGCGGUUGAUGGCGGCGCCGUAGUAACUGGAGCCGUUGCCGGACCAUCCCUAGUCUCCGGUAGCGUCGCUGGAGCUGCUGCUCCAUGGGCAGCUGCUGCACCUUGGGCAGCCGCUGCUCCUUGGGGAGCUGCUGCACCCUGGGCUCCAUGGGGUGCCGUCUUGGCUGGUCCUGCGUCAGCACCAGCGGCCCUUGCUGGUCCCGUUGCCGCGCCAGCCCUUAUUGCCGGACCAUCUGGUAGCAUAGCGGCCGGGCCAGCCGGAGUAGGCGGAAUCGUUAGCGGGGCUCAUCACUGGUAA